GGUACCUAAGUCCGGACAGCCGUUGACACGUGGCAAUGUUUCAUGUGGAUCUAGGGGAGUUCACAAUGAUGGAAGAACGUGAUACGACGUAAUCUCCCAAAUAAUAUCGGCCAUCCAGGAUGUCAUUUCCUCUGGAAUCAUAUGUCAACAGUGUCAAAACGCUGUCAUCGCAAGGGAACCUCAGCUGUUUGUAUGAGUUCCUGGAAAACUCCGCGGAAUUGCUGUCGAAGAAUGUUAGUCACAUUGAUACAGCCCUUGCAGCUCUUGAAAUAGAGCACCACUCCCUUGGUAUUCUGGCUAUAAUGCUGGCCAGAUUUUCCGCAGGUGGAGGCGACGCGAGUGUACUGGAUAAACAGAUGGAGGAAUUUGUGGAUGGUUGUGUGGUGGACCAGAUUCGAUACGCCCCUGACUCAUACGCGGAGCUGUGCCACCUCUACACGCAGAAGCUGCUCGAACGCAACAAACCGCUGAAGGGACUGCAUGUUCUCCGGAAGGCCAUCGCCAAGAUCCAGGCCAACCCCAACCAGCUCACCUCAAUUCACGCCGACCUGUGCCAGCUGGCACUCAGUGCCAAGUGCUUUCGGCCGGCGCUCGAUGUGCUGGACGUAGACAUUGCCGACAUCAGCAAGGAGAACGGCAAGUUCGACGCCAAGCACCUGCUGCUGUACUACUACUACGGGGGCAUGAUCUACGCCGCCAUGAAGCAGUUCGAGCGCGCCAUGUACUUCUUCGAGGCGUACUUCACGGUGCCUGCGCUGGCCGUCAGCCACAUCAUGGUUGAAGCGUACAAGAAGCACAUCCUGAUGUCGCUGAUCCUGCGCGUGGAGAGUCCGCAGUCGCAGAAGCUGCGUUACCACGAGACGGUGCGGCAGACAAUCUCCCGCCGCCUGCGCCCGCUCUGCCCGGCGUACGUGGAACUGGCGACCGCCUUCGCCUCGCCCAGCCCCGACCAGCUACUGGCGGUCGUGGCGCGACACCAGGAGCAGUUUGCGCGCGACCAGAACACGGGUCUGGUCAAGCAGUGCGUCGCCUCAUACCACAAAAUGAACAUCCAGCGACUGACCAAGACGUUCCUGACGCUGUCACUGAGCGACGUGUCCAGCCGCGUGCAGCUCAAUGGCACGCAGCGCGCCGAGAUGUACAUCCUGAGUAUGAUUGAGGACGGCGAGAUUUUCGCGGCCAUCGACCAGCGCGACGGCAUGGUGCGCUUCCACGACAACCCGGAACAGUACAACGCACCGGAGAUGGUGGCGCGGCUGGAGCGGGAGCUGGCGCAGAUCAUGAGCCUCGGCCGUCGCCUGCAGGAGCUGGACGAGGAGAUCCAGCUUGAGCCGCAGUACGUGCAGAAGUGUCACAAGACGCAGGAGGAGGACACUGGGCAGGCGUGCUCCUCGUCCCAGAACAAUAAGGCCGUCAACAAUAUAAUGUGAGCGCUGGGACGGGCGGUGAAAGCGAUGAUGUGCGCAUGUGGGUGCUGCGCAUGUCGCUGGUUUCGCACCAGACUUUGCAACUGGUCAUGUUGUUGUGCUACUCGAAAUAUAACACUGAAUGUU